AGGAUCUACCCCCCCCCCCCCCCCAAGGAACCCGGGUCUCUCUUCUUCACCAUCCCUUGGGUCUCGGGUCUCUAUCCUCACCCAUCCGGGUUCCAGGUCUUUCUUUCCCCCUACCAGGUCACCGGGACCCUCUCCACUCGGAUCGUGGGUCUCUCAACCCCCAUUCCCACCGGUAUCAGGUCUCUCUCCCUGUAUCCCCCCACAAUACCCAGGUUCCGGAACACUCUCCCAAUCUAUCUUCCCGGGGUCCUGAGUCUCCCUUUCCCCACUCCCCCAAGAUUCCGGGUCUCUCCUCCUCCCUUCUCCCCCCACCCCCCAGGGCCCUGGGUGUCUCUUCUUCUUGGGUCCCGGGUGUGAACUAGCCCCGUUGCGGAUGGGAGGGGGGUGUCUCGGACUGAGGCUCCCGGCUCUGUAUGAUCCCCGUCCCGUACGCGAUCCAGCCUUCCUGGAAGCGGAUGGACCUCGCCCUCGCCGAGGCUGAUGGGUGUGGUCCGGCCGCGCUCAUGGACUCUGGACAUUGCGGCGGCGUCAGACUGCGAGUAGGCCGGCCGUCCUUGCCGAGCAGAAAUCCAGCCAGAUGCGCUUCUCGAUCUUCUGCCUGGUUGGAGAAGGAAGAAGAGAGGAUGUCUAGGAAACCAGGGAGUUCUGAAAACCAGGUGGCCUCAGUGAAUGAGUCUGAAUCUGAGCAAGGCACUGUUACCUCUGAGGAUCCAGUACUCAGGGAGCUUCCUGUCUGUGAAACUCAGCUGGUGGGAGCUCCAGAGGUUGACCCUGAGUUGAACAAAGGUUUUGAGAAGGGUGAUAUUCUAACCAAAAACGCAAAGCAGUUUCCUGCAGGAACCAAUUAUCAGGUAGAAGAGGAAGCAAUUGAUGAGUCUGGAUUAAAGGAAGUCAACAAAAUUAUCCUCUCCAAAGACUUACAUACACUUGGAGAAACUGAGUGUAGUCUGGGAUACAAGGCUUCUAUCCCAAUGCAGGAAGCUGAGAGAAAGGCCUUCAAUGUGGAAAAUGGGGGUUUGGUCAACAAGGAUGAUUCUGCUCCAAGCCUUAAAAAUGGAACCAAUUUACUUUCUCCUGGACUGAACCCAAUCACACAGAAUGGCUCAUUUUCUUCCUUUUCAGUCACUCCAUCAGAGAACAAUUAUAGUGAUGAUGCCAUCAUCCAUGCAGAGAAGGUUGCUGUCAUUCAGUACCAAGAUAUGGAUGAUCAGGACGCUCUAAUUAAUGGUGGAGCAGAUAGUGGACAUUCUGCAGAGAAAGAGAGCACAGAAAGUGGUGCAAGGUUAACCACCAUAAAGAAAGAAGCUAACUUUGUGCUUCGGAAAUAUGAUGCAGAAAAAAAAGCAACAAAACUUUUUUCAGAUGAUGAGGAAAGGAAGUACCAAACAGUGAUCAUUACAGAAACAGCUGGUGGUGCAAGUCUUGAAAAAGAGAGAAGGGAAAUUAUUAAAAACCAAGCAAUGAAAAAGAGCACUACCAUUGCAGAGAAACAGGUUUCAAUAAAGCCAUUAGAAUCGGAAGAGAAACCAUCACUUGAUGUUUCCACUCAUAAGCAUGAGGAGUCGCAACUACAGAUGUCCACCGAAAAUGCCAGUUCAGUUUCUUUCCAUAAUGGAUCCCCUAUUUUGGAACCUGAAGGCAUCAAUACUGAGCAAAUAAACUUUACUGCUGCUCGCCAACAAUUCCUCCAGAUGGAGAGGUCAAGACAAGAAGUUCCAACCUGUCCAAUGCUCUCUGCUCAAUCCCACAGGGUCUUAAUCCAAUGUUCCACACCUUCUGAAUCAACCCAGCCACUUCAGUACAAGGAUGGCAUUACCCUGGACACAAGUCCAGCAAUCAUGGUGAAGGCCGUGAGAGUUGAUUCUGUCCAUGAGGAUGAGAAGGAUGAUGACCAGUCUCCUAAAAGUCCUAUGAACAGUUUGUUCACUGCUGAGAAGAUUGCAGGUCUGGAAGACAAUGAUGGCGAAAAAAUUGGCUCCAUGCGGCAAAAUCUGCUUGCCUGCUCUUCAAUAGAUGACCUUGAUUCCGGAUUAGGAGAGAUGUCCAAUGACUAUAGUUAUGGGUUCACUGGUGAUUGUGGAGCAUCAAAUGAAAUGCUGAACUUGGAGACUGAUAACAGUUGUGUUUUUGAAUGUUCUGAGCAGAAGCUCAAGGCUGAAACACCCAUUGAGAAAGAAAUUCGAUUAGCCUUGGAAAGGGAAGAGAUUCUUCGCAAGGAGCGAGGGAUUAGGAAGUCAGCAAGCUCUGAGAAAAUGGUGCAAAUAAAGACCAAGCCUCUCUUAACCCAAUUACCCCCCACGUCUCCUUUCUCAAAACAUAAGGACAAGAACCGGAUGGUCUUUUUUGUCCAGAGGGAAAUUGAAAUGGAGUCGAAGAGGGAAGAGAAAUUGAAAGAAGAAGGUAAAAUCAAAGGCUUGUAUGAUAAAGGAAUGCCCCAAGAAGUAGAAGAACGUAAAAAGGUAUUUGAACAGCAAACAGAUGAUGUGCCAGUUAUACCACAGCUAGGCUGGCAGUCCAAGUUAGCCAGGUCAGCUUCCCAGGAAUUUUUAGAUGUGCCUGAUGUUCCAGAAGAAAGCAAUGCUGUACAAACUGACUCAACAGAAAGUAAAGAGUUGCUGCAAGAGGGUUCAGAGAACCAGCCAUACACCUUGAGACCAUGGAAGCACCAGACCAAUUUCCUGAUUGAACGAGAAAUUGAGGAAAUACAACAACGCGAAGAGGAGCUACUGAGACUGAGGAAACAGACAGCAGGCACCCUUCCUUCAACACCAGCCUCCAUAUCAGAGUCCCAAAGUCCUGAGUGGACUUCAAGAGCUGGAACUUCGAAUGGUGAUCAAUCCAAAGAUCUCCCAGUGACGCACGGCCAGGAGGGGAGGAACCCGAAACCUUUGGGAAAGAAGGAUGAAUCUUCAGUACUUGAAUCCACCAGAGUGACUCGCCGGAAAAAUGCAAUGGCACAGCGCUGGGAAGCAGGGCUGUUCAACAAUCAUCAGGAUGAAUGAAGCUGGCCUACACCCAGUUAUAUCAUUAUGUACAUAUAUAUAUAUUGAUGGUGAAAUUCUGGAAAGCAUUGCGUAUUGCAUAGAAAUGAAGUUCUUUGUAGCACUCUGGAUUGAUUUAUUUCUCUAAGUAACUACAGUUUACUCAGCUGUGACCAGCACAAUUCAAGAACAAAGUCUAAGGUCUAAGCUUCUUGCUUCAACCUGCCAAUCCCCUUCAACUCCCUGCUUUUUCACAUGUAAAUUGAUGCUACUUUAAUCUUACCCAAUUGCCAAUCUGCAUACAGUCCCCUCCAUAAAACACAGAGAAUCCUUUCCAGUGUCUAAUCUCCAAUCUCCAUGUUGAAGUCUAAUUUCAUUUACUUGUGCCUUGUACCUUGUUAGAUAGAUGUGAUGUGUUGGCGUGAGGCCAUUAGGAAAUGGUGUUCACAGACAGAUUUCCACCCUGUUCCCAUUACAUCACCAGACGUCUUAGCAGCUUACCUUUAGUUUGGUAAAUUUACAUGAAACCCUGAAUAUUAUGAAGAGAACAAUGAACCAUUUACUUUUGUUUCCAUAGAUUUCAAUCAACAUUUGCAAGAAAGCAAAUUUAAGCUUGUGUGCCAUUAUUUAAACUACAUAAUAAAUUAGAAUUUGGAACAAAGUAUGAUUGGCGUUCAAAUUCCCUGCAGGCCAGACGAGGGGCACAGAAAACUGGGAAUGCAGCUUGUAUGAGGGAAAUACAAGGGAAAUACUUUUCACUGUGUGAAAAGUGAGCAGCAAGUUUGGAGUGCAUGCAGCGUGAGUCAGCAAUGCCUACUCGAUGUGCUGACUGAGUGAGCAGUGCAGAGAGGGUGCAAAUGUGUCAGGUGUGCAGAGUGCGCAUUGAGUGAAAUGGAAUCAACAAGCAGUGUGAACAAAUGACAGUUUGUGCAGUGUGUAAGCGUGCAGAAUAUGUAUGAAUGAAGCAAAGUAUUCAGAGUUUGUUAGGGAGUAGUGCAAGUGGUGCACACAGAUGUGACUACAAAGUAAACCAUGUGUGUACUGUAAGUAGUACUUGCAUUGCAUGAGUGAAUGGCAUAUGUCAAAUGUGAAGCAUGGAGACAGAGCAUGUAAUAUAUGAGUGAGCAGUGUGUGCAGAGUGGCAGUUGUGUGGGCAACAUGCAGAAGUAUUAGUGAGCAUAGUGUAUGUAUGCGAGUUGUGUAUGCACAGAAUGCAAUAUACUCUAUGUAUGAAAAUGUAGACAGUGAGUGAGCCAGAUGAUCAGAGUGCAAGUGAAGAGCAGAGUGAGAAAUGUGUGCAGAUUGUGAGUGAGUAGCUGGGAAUGAGGACUGUGUGCAGAGUGACGAAUGUUGGUGAUCUCUGCAGUGAGAACUGUGUGCAAAAUCUGAGAGUGAGCUCAGUGUGCUGUGAUGCACAGAGGGAGAGCAAUGCACUAGAGCAGUGGAUCAUGCACUGGUGUCCUAAUGCAUGGGUUUGGCCCAAAAUCUUGACAAUUCUUUUCCCACCAUAGAUGCUACUAGACCCAUGGUGUUGCUGCAGAGGCUUGUUUGUUAACCGAGUACAAAGUGGAUAGUGCUUUUCAAGUCUCCAAAUCAGAGAGAAUUUGCAGAAUGGUCAGUGUGUGCAGAUGUGAUCAGCAUUUAGUGAGGGAGUAGUGUGCAAAAACUAUAUGAAUGAGGUGGAUACAAAGUGCACAGGUGACCUGUGUAUGUGGUGUACCAGUGUGUGCCACACACAAGCCCAAGGCACCAUCGCUCUACAGUAUCUGGGAAAUCCCAGGGGUGAGAGAAUUAGGCGGUGUGUGUCCAUUGUUCCAGGUGUGUCCUGGAUUCACCUUCAGUAGUUCCCUAACUGUGGAUGAAGGAGUCUCCUUCCCAAACCCGCACAUCAGUGGAACAGGAAUGGUGUGGUCUGAUCACCUGACCUGGAAGGAUGGGUAGCAUUUUGCUAGUGCUGUUUCAUGUCUGACCAAAAGUGUCUUUUAUUUCAAAAUAGACUUUAUUCAUAAAGAAUUCUCUCUUGUGUAAUACAGAAAAAUCUAGUCAAUAUUUUCAUUACAAGUAAAUUUAUUCAGAUUCA